CGUUGCAUCAAUCUGCGCGGGAUCAGCGUUCAGCAGUCGACCAGUGCUGUUAAGACGCCGCAAAGGAAACACGCGCGCACACGCACGCGCCACUCUGAACUGUUUACGUCAAACCGUUUAAGACGCUACCUUCAGGGAAAUCAGAGCGCACGCGGGAGACCCUCAGUAGGGUUAUUCUGUAACGGUACGAGCGGAGAGGAAAAGAGAAAGCAGGAAGUGCCGCGUGGGAAAGCUGGGGAAGAUCUCCGGGGAUCGCCUUAUCUCCAGCGCGCGUUCACUUCUCCAUCUAGGGUCCUCCACGGUUUGGGUCUUGUUUUCGGCCAUGGCUCGGGAGAACGGAGAGGCCGGCGGAGAGUGCUCGUGGAAGAAGCAGGUCGAUGAUAUCAAGGAGAUGUUUGAGUUCAAGGAGGUGCUCGGGACGGGUGCAUUCUCAGAGGUGGUCUUGGCAGAGAAGCGGGCAACGGGGAAGAUGUUUGCUGUCAAAUGUAUUCCUAAAAAGGCCCUGAAGGGGAAGGAGAGCAGCAUCGAGAACGAAAUUGCAGUUUUGCGCAAAAUCAAGCAUGAGAACAUUGUGGCUUUGGAAGACAUCUAUGAAAGCUCCAAUCACCUCUACCUUAUAAUGCAACUUGUAUCUGGAGGUGAGUUGUUUGACCGGAUUGUCGAGAAAGGUUUCUACACAGAAAAAGAUGCCAGCACACUCAUCAGACAAGUACUAGAUGCUGUAAACUACCUCCACAGUAUGGGCAUCGUACACAGAGAUCUCAAGCCAGAGAAUCUGCUCUAUUUCAACCCUCAAGACGGCUCAAAGAUCAUGAUCAGUGAUUUUGGCCUGUCUAAGAUGGAGGGCACCGGUGAUGUCAUGUCCACAGCCUGUGGAACACCAGGAUAUGUGGCUCCAGAGGUUCUUGCUCAGAAGCCGUACAGUAAAGCUGUUGACUGCUGGUCUAUCGGAGUCAUUGCCUACAUCUUACUGUGUGGUUACCCUCCAUUUUACGACGAGAAUGACUCCAAACUCUUUGAGCAGAUCCUGAAAGCUGACUAUGAGUUUGAUGCGCCAUACUGGGAUGAUAUAUCUGAUUCAGCAAAAGACUUCAUCAGUUGUCUGAUGGAAAAGGACCCUGCUAAGCGAUACACGUGUGAUCAGGCCCUUCGACAUCCCUGGAUCGCAGGGGACACAGCGCUCUGCAAGAACAUCCACGAGUCUGUCAGUCGACAAAUACGCAAAAACUUUGCAAAAAGCAAGUGGAGGCAAGCCUUCAACGCUACGGCUGUGGUUCGCCACAUGAGGAGACUGCAGCUGGGUAGUAGCAUGGGGAGCAGCAUGGAUGCAUCUAGCACCAACAACCGCAUACUGAACGCAAACCAGACUUCUAACCUACCGCCGAUCCAAACAUCAAACCAAACACCAAAUGUGACCGCAUCGCUUAGCCAAAACCACAAACCUGCUCAGAACGCAAAUACAGUGCUUAUUAACGACAUGGCAACAGGCACCAACUCUAUAGCAUGCAAAGACUGUACUGCCCCUCCCCACACUUCCUGUUCUCUGGCAUUAACCUCUACUGUUUCAGGGGUGGAGCCCUGCAGGCCUCUUCCUCCUUCGGUUGCGUCGGUGAGCACAGUGUUAACUGGGACCAAGUGACGCCAGGUUCUGCGGGGAGAGAGCUGGGAGGCCACCGCCCUGUAAGCCCCACCCCUCAGCCCUCUCCCCGCCCUGCCAUCGAAGAAAGGCAGAGGACUGACCCAUCGCCAUAGCAACCACCAAGAGGCUAAAAAACUGCACGCAUCUAAUGCACUCCACAAUCUGACCUGCCAUUUAACCUCCAGGCCACUAGAGGGUGCAAUGCAUGCAGCGGCAGAAGAAUUUAAGCAGAAGGCUUCCAUUUUGAGAAGUGAAUUCAUGCGGCUGGACAGAACUGUGACAUCUUUGCUAUGAAUGUGCUAUGAUCCUCGCCAGCCAUGUUACUUUUCGGAAAAACAAAUGAGUUGUAAAACUGCAGAGGUUUCAUUCCGAAAGUGUGUGCAUGAAUGUGUCCGCCCUUAUAAGAGGGUGGCACCAAUGUAAAACAAUUCUUACUAUAUCUUAACACUUCUAGCUCUUCCCUCUAUCUCUCCGCCCUGAUUUCCCUGUUUACUUUAUUUAUCUGCUCGCGAUUUUAUUGUAAUUAUUGUUAGCUACAACCAUUACUGAUCUUUAGAGUUUUUUCACAGAUUCGUCAUGGUGACCUGCAGAAGUGUUUUUAAAAUAAUGUUAGACUUUUUUGCGACAUUUGCUUAGUUGAGACUUUAAUUGUUCACACAUAGGCUGCAAGAAAGAACGAUUAACUUGAAUUACUGUAAAAUUACAGUUUAUACUCGCGUAUGGAUGGGAGAUUAAUGGUUUGAGCUCUUUCGAUUGGAUUUAAUCAUGAAUUUUAAGAUAUCUGUUAAAACAUGCAACAUGUUUGAUUGUUAUCUUACUAUACUGGACUUUAAACACAGGGACAGGCUGGAGCAAAUGCAGUUUGAUGAAGCUUGUUCCUGCUAUUGUCUGCUUCAAAUGUGACUUUGAAUUCCACAUACAGUCACAGUCAGUGUUGGAUUACGGAAUAUAGUACAACUGUUAAUACUCAACGCAAACACACACACAAAUCUCCCAAAAAGCCACGUCAGCGUCUUUCUACGCCCAGUGUACGAGUUCUCAGGGAAUUCCGCAGCUGCACUGGGCACCAUAGUGAUGGUAUUUAUAGUAACGCCCCCAUGGUUCAAGAUUGUCUCAUCCAGCCAAGAUAAUGUGAAGACUGUGGAUAAGGAUGAUCGACAACUGUUUAAAUUUGCCACAGCAUUCUCAUAACGAUUGUAAGACAAUUUGACCUGGUGGAUAAACUGAUAUGUUAUGCUGCAUUCCCAUCAUGUCAGAAUUACCGUAAUUAGUUUUCAACAUCAAAAUUGUUCGACUUUUAUUUUAUUUUAUAAAAGCUCCACUUGAUUAUUGUCACUUCAUGUGAAAACAACCAAAAUGCUGAUGUGUCAUUUUCAGAAUUGGGUAUAAUCUGAUUACAAAGUAAUUAGUUACUUUAAUCAAAUUACUAUUUGACAAAAAGUAGUGUAACAUUACAUUUUAAAUUCAGAUUACAAUCUGAAUCUUGUAAUUAGAUUGCAGUUACUGACUUUCAAUUGAUUUAAGUACUUUUAAGAACAUUACUAGGGUGAAACAUCUGGUGCUGAGUAUAUGACUUCAGUGCAAAAAUGUAUGAGGAGGAAAUAUAGACAUUAUUUUGAAUUCAUUGAGCGGAAAAGUAUUUUAGAAAGUAACUUAAAAGUAAAGUAAUUAGUAAUGUGAUUAAUUUUUCAAAGAAGUAAAUAGGUUAACAUUUUUAGAGAAGUAAUUAGUCAUUUGAAGUGGAGUACUUUUUUGAGUAACUUACAAAACACUGGUCCUUUUUUCGAUGUUAAAAUACUUCUAUCCCAUUAUUUUUGCAGUUCUGUUUGGUGAUGAUAGUGGUGGAGUAAAUGAUCCCCCUUUAAAGAUAUUUAGGUAGUUACCUCUACAUUUUCUGUUUAAUAUGUCAUAUUAUUACAGCCAAUGUUACAUGGUGCACUUUGUUCUUCAAGAUAUUGCAAAAGAAUAAAGGGGUGAAUUAAUGUAGUGAUUAAGCAGUUUGCUGUCAUCAACAGCAAAGCCACUUGUGGAUCCAAUUAGCAUUACGUGUUUUGCCAUAGAAAUUAAUUUCUGAGUCGGUGGAAGUAAACAACUCUUAAUUCUUAAAAACAAUUCGUAAUUCAUAAUUACGGUCAUUCCGACACGAAUGCAGUACAAAUAUAAGAACUUUUCCAGUAUAACUCAAAGUGGCUGAAUUUAAAGCAUUGGUUUAAGGGCUACUGUAAGUUAAGGUUUAUCCACUUCCUUAUAGAUGGGUGACUGGUCUCAUGUCCCCGGAUGGCUCUCAUAUCAUGUGGUCAUUUUGAAAGUGACUUAUGUCUUCUUUGCCCUUUAUGCUUUGUUAAUAUCACAGGAAGAAAACGUAUCUGCAGACACGGGUUUUGGAGUAUGUGACAUUUUCCAAAGUGCCAUCGAAUAUCUUCACACAUUUUUCAUCAGUUUCAUCUUGAAUAUUUGUUUCAGUGUAGGCAAAAACGUGAUGGUUUUUCAGCAGCUCAUUAACAUGUGAGGUUAAAGCUAAUGGAUUUGUUUUUCAGUCAGGUCAUGCAUGUACCGUUUUGUCUUCGUUUUCACACCCGAGAGGAGUUUGUAAUCUCUGAUAUACUCUGCAAAGCAUUUCAGAAAAUCACUGGGACAAGAUUUGUUUUGUACGUUACAAAAUAUGCUUUGUUUGAGGUUGUGCUAAGAAUACUGCACAUUUCUGUUAAUACAUGUUGAGUCAGUGUAAGCAUGAGGCAUUUGUAAAGUGAAAAUUGUUUAAAGAAAUACAAGUUCAUAUCCAUCGAUAGUAUCUGUGACAUACUGUUGAUUACCAGAAAAAAUGAUUUCAACUUGUCCCUCAGUUUGUAAAGAUAAACAUAAAUCAUGUUCAUUUCCUAUGUCGUCUAAAAGAAAAGGCAUUCACAAGAGUUUCAAACCAUAAGUGUGGAGCUUGUAUUUUAAGCACUUAAGGGCCCGUUCACAUUGAACACAUUUUUGUGUCUGUCUGGGCUGUUUUUUAAUUGUUUUUUCUGUGGAAACAUCCACUAAACUGACAUCAUUGACAGUUGCGCUGCGUCUUAUUUAGCAUCAUUUGCGGUAAUGAGAAUAUAUAGUGCCAGAGCAGGUCAUAUAGACACAACUACAACAUAUUUGAUAAUAAAAAGUGAGAUGGAAAGUGUCUAGGCAGUUCAACAGCUUUGCAAUAUAGAGAAAUGUCUUGAUGGAUAUCAAAGUUUUUAAUUCUAUUUUCCAAAUAGUGAUGUUUGGAAUGUCAAAUAAAUUAUUUUUAUUUACUAUUUUCUAUUGGAUCUUGGGUACAACAUACAUUAUUUAAAAUAUAUUUUUUAAUUAUUUAUACUAGAUUCAGUAGUUCUAAUUUUGAAGCUGGACGACAAUGUUAACACAAUGUUAAAGUCUUGUGGUUAUACUUUUAAAAUAGCAUGUAUUCUAACCUUUAUUCCAGUGCAAUACCUUGCCUCAAAGCCUUCCAUUGUAAGUUACAAACUGAGAAACGAGUUAAAAUUAUUUUUGUUGUAAUUAACAUGACACAGAUGUUAAUAGAACUUAACUUUUAUUAAAUCUGGAACAUUGCAAGUCUUUUUUGCUCAGUGUUUAUGUACUCCAUUUUUGUUAGUGUCACCUUCUUCUGUGUGUAUCUAUAGAAGUAUUUUGCAGGAAAUUGGUCUGAGAUGCUGGUUUAGAACUUUGUGCAGAAAAUGUGUAAAACCAAUAGGUGGGGAAUGUUUACUGCCAAGCCAAACACACCACAAAUGUGUUCAAAUUAAUAAUAACAAUGACAUACUGUAGCCUAUAUAUAUACAGUUGUGCUCAAAAGUUUGCAUACCCUUGGAGAAUUGGUAAUAUAUGUACCAUUUUUUAAGAAAACAUGAGUGAGCAGGCAAAACACAUUUCUUUUAUUUCUUAUGGGAUUCAUAUUCAACUGUAGGUUAUAACAGAAUGGCACAAUUAUAAAACAAAACAUGGCAACAAAGAAUAAAAUGAAAAGUCUGCAUACCCUUAGUUCUUAAUACUGUGUAAUGCCCCCUUAAGCAUCAAUGACAGUGUGCAGUCUUUUGUAAUAGUUGUCUAUGAGGCUCCAAAUUCUUGCAGGUGGUAUAGCUGCCCAUUUGUCUUGGCAAAAUGCCUCCAAGUCAUGCAAAGUCUUUGGUUGUCUUGCAUGAACCGCACGUUUGAGAUCUCCCCAGAGUGGCUCGAUGAUAUUAACCUUUUUCUGCUGUAACCACUGGAGGGUCAACUUGGCCUUGUGCUUAGGGUCAUUAUCGUGCUGGAAAGUCCAAGAGCAUCCCAUGCGCAGCUUUCGUGCAGAAGAAUGCAAAUUGUCUGCCAGUAUUUUCUGAUAACAUGCUGCAUUCAUCUUGCCAUCAAUUUUCACAAGAUUCUCUGUGCCUUUAGAGCUCACACACCCCCAAAACAUUAGUGAGCCACCACCAUGCUUCACAGUGGGGUUGGUAUUCUUUUCACUAUAGGCCUUGUUGACCCCUCUCCAAACAUAGCGCUUAUGGUUGUGACCAUAAAGCUCUAUUUUGGUCUCGUCACUCCAAAUUACAGUGUGCCAGAAGCUGUGAGGCGUGUCAAGGUGUUGUCAGGCAUAUUGUAACCGGGCUUUUUUGUGGCAUUGGUGCAGUAAAGGCUUCUUUCUGGCAACUCGACCAUGCAGCUCAUUUUUGUUCAAGUAUCGUCGUAUUGUGCUCCUUGAAACAACCACAACGUCUUUUUCCAGAGCAGCCUGUAUUUCUCCUGAGGUUACCUGUGGGUUUUUCUUUGUAUCCCUAACAAUUCUUCUGGCAGUUGUGGCUGAAAUCUUUCUUGGUCUAUCUGACCUUGGCUUGGUAUCAAGAGAUCCCUGAAUUUUCCACUUCUUAAUAAGUGAUUGAACAGUACUGACUGGCAUUUUCAAGGCUUUGGAUAUCUUUUUAUAUCCUUUUCCAUCUUUAUAAAGUUCCAUUACCUUGUUACGCAGGUCUUUUGACAGUUCUUUUCUGCUCCCCAUGGCUCAGUAUCUAGCCUGCUCAGUGCAUCCACGUGAGAGCUAACAAACUCAUUGACUAUUUAUACACAGGCACUAAUUGCAAUUUAAAAAGCCACAGGUGUGGGAAAUUAACCUUUAAUUGCUAUUUAAACCUGUGUGUGUCACCUUGUGUGUCUGUAACAAGGCCAAACAUUCAAGGGUAUGUAAACUUUUGAUCAGGGCCAUUUGGGUGAUUUCUGUUAUCAUUAUGAUUUAAAAAGGAGCCAAACAACUAUGUGAUAAUAAAUGGCUUCAUAUGAUCACUAUCCUUAAAUAAAAGACAGUUUUUUUGCAUGAUCAGUUAUAUUUUCAAAAUCAAUGCCAAAAUUUCACAAUUUCUGCCAGGGUAUGUAAACUUUUGAGCACAACUGUGUGUGUGUGUGUAUAUACACUAUAUUGCCAAAAGUAUUCGCUCACCUGCCUUUAGACACAUAUGAACUUAAGUGACAUCCCAUUCUUAAUCCAUAGGGUUUAAUAUGAUGUCAGCCCACCCUUUGCAGCUAUAACAGCUUCAACUUUUGUGGGAAGGCUUUCCACAAGGUUUAGGAGUGUGUUUAUGGGAAUUUUUGACCAUUCUUCCAGAAGCGCAUUUGUGAGGUCAGACACUGAUGUUGGACGAGAAGGCCUGGUUCGCAGUCUUUGCUCUAAUUCAUCCCAAAGGUGCUCUAUCGGGUUGAGGUCAGGACUCUGUGCAGGCCAGUCAAGUUCUUCCACACCAAACUCGCUCAUCCAUGUCUUUAUGGACCUUUCUUUGUGCACUGGUGCGCAGUCAUGUUGGAACAGGAAGGGGCCAUCCCCAAACUGUUCCCACAAAGUUGGGAGCAUGGAAUUGUCCAAAAUCUCUUGGUAUGCUGAAGCAUUCAGAGUUCCUUUCACUGGAACUAAGGGGCCAAGCCCAGCUCCUGAAAAACAACCCCACACCAUAAUCCCCCUCCACCAAACUUCACAGUUGGCACAAUGCAGUCAAACAAGUACUGUUCUCCUGGCAACCGCCAAAACCAGACUCGUCCAUCAGAUUGCCAGAUGGAGAAGCGUGAUUUGUCACUCCAGAGAAUGCGUCUCCACUGCUCUAGAGUCCAGUGGCGGCGUGCUUUACACCACUGCAUCCAACGCUUUGCAUUGCACUUGGUGAUGUAUGGCUUGGAUGCAGCUGCUCGGCCAUGGAAACCCAUUCCAUGAAGCUCUCUACGCACUGUUCUUGAGCUAAUCUGAAGGCCACAUGAACUUUGGAGGUCUGUAGCGACUGACUCUGCAGAAAGUUGGCGACAUCUGCGCACUAUGCGCCUCAGCAUCCGCUGACCCCGCUCUGUCAUUUUACGUGGCCUACCACUUCGUGGCUGAGUUGCUGUCAUUCCCAAUCGCUUCCACUUUGUUAUAAUACCACUGAAAGUUGACUGUGGAAUAUUUAGUAGCGAGGAAAUUUCAUGACUGGACUUGUUGCACAGGUGGCAUCCUAUCACAGUACCAUGCUGGAAUUCACUGAGCUCCUGAGAGCGGCCCAUUCUUUCACAAAUGUUUGUAGAAGCAGUCUGCAUGCCUAGGUGCUUCAUUUUAUACACCUGUGGCCAUGGAAGUGAUUGGAACACCUGAAUUCAAUUAUUUGGAUGGGUGAGCGAAUACUUUUGGCAAUAUAGUGUAUAUAUAUAUAUAUAUAUAUAUAUAUAUAUAUAAAUACAGUAUACACACAUUUGCAUUAUUAAAUCAAUUAAAAUGCAUAAUAAAGUACAGUAUACACUAAAUACAUGCACACAUGUGCCAUGGCUUACACAUUCUGACCAAUCGGUGACUACAGUGCUGGACAGGAUGUAAAACAAGGGUGAAUCUGUAUUAGCUCUCUUUUUUGUUGACUUAGAUUCAAGUUUCAUUGUUGUCUAUCUGUGUCCAGAGCAAUCACUCUGUUUGUCCAAAGGCUUUGUAAAUAGACUGUGAUUGUGACGUGUCUACCAUGUUGUUCCUGAGGAGAUGAUCUGUCUAUGUUUGUGUGUCUGUGGUCUCCCGAUCAGUCUUGUCUUUCACCUUGUUCUCUAAAUGACACUGCCUUUCUCUGGAGCACUGCUACAGUUAUCGGGCACAUACCUGACUGUAAUACACACCUGGUGUUUUGUGAAUUCACUUUGAUAACACACCUAUAUAUAUGAUUGGCUGCUCGUUCCUCGCAACAAUGUGUGUCUCACUCAGUGUUGUAUGUUUCAAGAAAAUCAUGUUUCUAUUGUACAAAUUUCACAAAAACAACAUCUCUGUUCAAGAUCUACAGUGAAUAUUUAAUGAUGUUCGGUUGUGAUGCACCUCUCCGGUGCAAACCUUUCCCGAUUCUCUGUUUUGGUACCAACUCAGGCGUCACUUUUGCCUCUUAUGAUAAAAAGCUGUGACUGACAUGUGUCUGUGCUACCCAGUGACUGUGCAGUUUUUAAAACUCGUCCCUUGAAUGUUGACUUGUUUGCGAAUAACCGCAAAGCAUCACUAGAGAUAGAAAACACCUAUAAGAAACUUGCAACUGUAUUGAAUGAUUUUAUAAACAAUUGCAAGCAUGUUAAAUGCGCUUUCUGAUUCAACAACUUGUUUGCGUAUUUUCAGAAGUCCACACCGUGUAACUAUAUGUAUGAAGAAAUAUGUCUCUAUAUAUAUAUAUAUAUAUAUAUAUAUAUAUAUAUAUAUAUAUAUAAAUAUAUAUAUAAUUAUGUUUAAAAAAUGCAACUAUGACAAUGCAGGCCUUGUGAUCUCUGCAUCGCUGUCACAACCCUGUCCGAUAUAAAAGUUGCCCAGUGAAAUGUUAAUUAUAUACUCAUAUGCAUGUGACAAUGAUAAUCCAUAUUUUGGGAGUGGCAUACGAAUACUAACUUUACUGUGACGUGAAUCUUCUGUUGAUACGGGGCUUGUAUAUCCAAUGCCUUUGACAAUCAUCUGCACAUAUCAAGAGUUUAUAUUCCAUGCUGUAAAGCAAUUGGGAAUGAAUGAUUAUUUUAUUUUUUUUCUCCUUUCUUUCUUUUAACUUUUUCCUUAAAUAAAUCCUGUAUGAUCAUGA